AUGAGCCAGCUUCGGGCCUCGAAGGCCGGGCUUGCGGCGUGCGCGGUGAUCUGUGCCUGCGCCUGUCUUUACUUAUGGGAUCGGGAUCCCGAGGAUGCUGAGCAGGAAGCCGUCUACCCUGCGGUAGUGGAGUGUGGCUUCUAUCCAGAUGAACUGUGCUCAGCUCUGUCCGAAGGGAAGGGAGCGGCUCCCCAAAUUGCCCAAUUCUGCAGAAACCCUCACAGGCCUGAACUGCUUGCUCAUCUUCGUGCUCCCCAAAACUGCUCUAAGGUCUCACGGGGGCUGCGCUUCAUAAGCAGGCCCCUGUCGGCGGUAGAGCAGAACUUUUCUCUGGCGUACAUCAUAGGUGUGCGUAAGGAGCUGGCCAUGUUCGUGCGGCUUCUUAGGGCCAUUUAUGUACCUCAAAAUGUCUACUGCAUUCACAUUGAUAAGAAGGCCCCAAGGAAGUAUAAGACGGCCGUGCAGGCCCUGGCCAACUGCCUUGAAAACGUCUUCAUUUCAUCACGGGGACGGAAGACGGCCCUCGAGGGCCCUGAGAGCGUGCAGACCGACCUGAGCUGCAUGAGCGACCUGGUCCAGCACCAGCGCCCUUGGAGCUGUGUCAUUAAGCUCUGUGGGCAGGACUUCCCCAUCAAGACCAACAGGGAGAUCAUACACUACAUCAGAGACAAAGGCAACGGGAACAGUAUCACUCCCGGAGCCAAGGCAGGCCAAAGUGGCCCUGGGCCCAGCUCUAGAGGAGAUGCAAGGUUCAAACCACACCCACCUCAGAACCUAACGCUCUAUUCCGGAAGUGCCUACUACAUACUUACGAGGAAGUUUGUGGAGUUCAUCCUGACUGACGCCCGUGCAAAGGACAUGCUUCAAUGGUUGAGGCACAUCCAGAACCCAGAGCAGCAUUACUGGGUCACCCUGAACCGACUGAAGGAUGCUCCAGGUGUGACACGGGACACUGGCUGGGAAGGGCACUUUCGAGCUAUAAAGCGGAAGGCAGAGGAGGGAGAUGGCCACGACGGAUGUAAAGGCCACUAUGAACAAGACACCUGCGUAUUUGGCUCGGGAGACUUGCAAUGGAUAAUUCAGUCGCCAGCCUUGUUUGCCAGCAAAUUCGAGCCCUCCACAGACCCUCUGGUGGUUGCAUGCUUAGAGAGGUGGCACAGACGCAAAGCACUGAGGCAGGCAGAAGUCCCCAUAGAGCCGCACUGGCAUUUCCCACAGGAAAACCACUUCAACACGAAAUCCACCCACUAG